AUGGCGGAUUUGGGAUUACGAAGACGUUCAUAUGACGACACCCUAUCCAAAGCCGCACUAGAAGAAAUGGCCGCACCUAAUGUCGUGAGAUCCUCUAUCCAGUUAUCAAUUUUAGGAUUACUACAAUUCAACAGUGACCCGUUAAAAUGGCCCGAAUUUUGGACGAUAUUCCAGGCAGUAGUGGGAUCUAAAACCAUUCCCGAGAUCACGAAGCUAAAUUAUUUGCUUAACUGCCUUGUCGGAGCAGCCAAGGCAACAGCCUCGGGAUAUGCAAUAGUCCCUGAGAAUUAUGAUGAAGUAGUCGUGAAUAUGCUCCGACAAAGACAACUGGAAAUACUUGGCGAUAACAUCAAUCACCCUCAGAUUGAACUCGCCAUAGAAGAAAAAUUACCAAAAUGGCUACUGUUGGAAAUCUACACGAAAAAGUCAGCUGAUCCAUUUUGGAGCGUCAAAAAGCUGCGAAACUAUAUCGAAGAAGCCGUGACCCUCAGAGAAAUGGUGGAUCGAUAUCAUGGCUACUCUGAAGCCCCCAACACAAAUCGAACGAAUCAAAAGGAUGUUAAAUAUCAAGGAAGCCAUAAAUCAUUUAUAACAGACGAUCUCGCUCAACAGUUACGUUUAAAAUGUGCCAAAGAAAAAGAAGAUCUCAGGGUAUCGCGAUUUGGUGAAGACAAAUCGAAGAGGUCAACGCAGUUCCUUUCCUUACACAAAAACUCAGAACGAGCGGAAAGAUGGACCGAUGUCUAUGAGGCCAGUAUAUCACCUAACGGAACGUGGCGAUAUCCUCAAAUUCUGAUUGGAGCAGAUUAUUUUUGUGAUUUUAUGCUCCCGGCCAGUGUGAGGAAACUCAAAUGUGGGUUUCAAAUGAUGAAUUCGAGUGUUGGAUGGAUGCUCACUGGAAAAAAAAUAUUAGAAGAAAAGCUGUCGCGAACUCCGCGAGUAAAGUACGCAAAUUCGUCCACUAUCGUAUAUCUUCAUAUGCCAAUUAAAAUAUCCAGAUGA